AGGAAAAGCAAGGUUAAACCACUUACAUUACACGAUGGAAGUUCCCGAGGAUACUGUAAGCAUUACCUUCGACGAUGGCCAGGAUGAAGCUGAGCGUCAGAUCAAGCUACUCUGCACUCGUAUACUGCCUGGAUGGAGCGAUGUAGCUUUGACGGAUAUGCAGGUUUCCCGCAUCAGCGGCGGCAUCUCUAACCUGCUCGUGAAGCUGCAACCGCCACCACCGCUGCAGCCCGUGGCAGUCAAGGUCUUCGGCGACAAGACGGAGCUGUUGAUCGACCGCGAGGCGGAGAAGGGUACCCUGCUGCGGCUCAACAGCGUGGGAUUCGGAGCGCCGGUGGUUGGCCUGUUUGGCAACGGCCGUAUCGAGCAGUUCCUGAUAGCCAAGACGCUCACGCCGGACGAGAUGGCCGACCCACGGUUCGUUCCGCACAUCGCCCGCCGCCUGCGUGCCUUCCACGACCUGCAGCUGGGUGACAUGCCCGCCGCAGCUGGCACCACACUUCCCACCUCGGCAUGCACCUCCGCCCCCGGCCCCGCCACCGCCACCGCGUCAUCCGUUCCCCCAGAAACCGGAUCCCCUACCUCGCCAUCUGGGUCAGAUUCCGGAUCCAAUUGCCGUACGAUGACGUCACAAUGGGACACGAUUUAUGCAUGGUUGGCAAUGGCGGAGGGGCUGUCCUUCCCGCAGGAUCCAGCCAAGCAGGCCGCGUACGACAAGGUAGAUUUCGGCGGCAUGCGAUCUGAGCUGGCAGCGCUGCGGGAGAUGUGCGAGCGCGUGGGGUCUCCCCGUGUGUUUUGCCACAACGACUUGCUGUCCGGCAACAUCCUGGUUGUUCAACAUGGGGAACAGCAGCAACAGCAGGGGCAGGGGCAGCAGCAGCAAGCCCAAGGGUUGGAGGUACCAUCAUCACCGCAGCAGCAGCAGCAGGAGGAGGAGGAGGAGGGGACGCAAGCUCGAGCAGCGGCGGUUGAUGGGGCUGAUCAGGAGCAGGCGUGUACAAGCGGCGCCAGCAGCAGCAGCGCGGAUGAUGUGCUGCAAGGGGGCGAGCUGCAGUUCAUUGACUUCGAAUACAGCUGCUACGGCAUUCGGGGCUUCGACCUGGGCAACCACUUCAACGAGUACGCGGGCUUCGACUGCGACUACGGCAGGUUCCCAACCCCCCAGCAGCAAAAGCUCUUCUUCCGACACUACUUGGAACCGGGGGAGCUCCGCGCCCUAGCGCAUGAGCACCUCCGCAGCAGCAGCAGCAGAAGCCAACCAGCCUCCACAACACCCCCAGCAGCAGCAGUAACGGAUGCCGGGGCGGCGGCAGCAGUAGCAGCGGCCACGCUCCCCUCCGAGGCAGAUCUCGGUGCGGCGGAAGAGGCGGUGCUAGACCGGCUGGUUUCGGAGGCGUGUGUGUAUGCGCUCGUGUCACACGCGUACUGGGGCGUGUGGUCGUUCAUUCAGGCUCGGUAUUCGCCCAUCGAAUUUGACUACAUGGACUAUUCGGGGCUGAGAUGGGGCGAGUAUCACAGGCGCAAGCAGGAGUUCUUCGCCCUGGUGGACCGCCACUUCCCCAAGUGAGCUCCCAAGGAGCCACUUGUCGAGCGAGCAGGAGGCCAGGGAAGUGGGGAACCCAGCCAAGUGGGGAACCUAGCCAAGUGGGGAACCCAGCGCCCAAGGACAAGUGAGGAGCUGCAGGAAUGGGAGGUGCCUGGAGUCGUCGGUUAAGUACCGUAGCAUUCAAGCCA